ACCCGGGAUGAACCGCGGUUAACGUCUGGAAGGGGGCGGGUUUGUUGUGGUUGAAGCUGCUGCUCUAGCUUGACAAUAGUGGUCUCCAGGGAGGGAGACAGAGCUACCGAGCCAUUAUUACUGUCCAUAUGUGUGGAGGAUUAAUGCAAAACGUAGCCCAAAUUUACGUACAUUGAAGUUUAUGUCUUUAAAUAAAGCCAAAGACGUAAAACUGACGUUAACGUUAGGCUAACGGUUAGCUAGCUUGUUUGUUGUGCUACUCGUUAUUCCUCAUUCAUUGGACAGUCAUUGACGCGCCGAAACUAUGGUGUUUGGUUUCUCUCCCCGCAGGUGAAAGAGUCCUGUGCUUUCAUGGGCCAUUGCUCUAUGAGGCGAAGUGCGUAAAGAUCAACAUAAAGGAUAAGCAGAUUAAAUACUUCAUUCAUUACAGCGGAUGGAACAAAAACUGGGAUGAAUGGGUUCCUGAAAGCAGAGUUCUCAAAUAUGUGGACAGCAACCUUGCGAAACAAAAAGAGCUUCAAAAGGCCAAUCAGGACCAUUAUGUUGAGGGAAAGAUGAGGGGUUUAGCACCAAGCAAGAAGAUUGCUGCUGUGCAGCAGAAAAAUGUUGAUCUGAAAGUGAAAAAGUCAAAACAGAAGACCCCAGGCCCGGGUGAAGGUACCAGCAGCGGAGAAACGCCCCAGGGACCCAGGAAGAAGAGGGCUCGGGUUGAUCCAACUGUGGAGAGUGAGGAGAUGUUCACCAACCGCGUGGAGGUGAAGGUAAAGAUCCCCGAGGAGCUGAAACCCUGGCUGGUGGACGACUGGGACCUCAUCACCCGACAGAAACAGUUAUUCCAUCUGCCCGCUAAGAGGAAUGUAGAGACUGUCUUGGAGGACUAUGCAAACUACAAGAAAUCAAAAGGAAACUCGGACAAUAAGGAGUACGCAGUAAACGAAGUGGUGGCCGGGAUUCGAGAGUACUUCAACGUCAUGCUGGGCACCCAGCUGCUUUACAAGUUCGAGAGGCCGCAGUAUGCUGAGAUCCUGGCUGAGCACCCGGACAUGCCGAUGUCUCAGGUGUACGGAGCUCCACACUUGCUGCGCUUAUUUGUUCGUAUUGGAGCCAUGCUGGCUUACACUCCACUGGAUGAGAAGAGUCUGGCUUUGCUGCUAAGUUACCUCCAAGAUUUCCUCAAGUACCUGGUGAAGAAUUCAUCCACCCUCUUCAGUGCCACUGACUACGAGGUCGCACCCCCAGAGUACCACCGCAAGGCUGUGUGAGAGCUCCGAGCACACGAGGCUCCUACUGAGGCACGCUGUCCCCCGUCUCCCAGACCGCAUGUAAAAUAACCAUUACUGCCCUUUUGGGUGAAGGCUUCGGUGAAAUUUUUCACUUGAACUGAUUCACUCCCUCCACUAAGGUCUCAGGAGCUUGUCGCAGUUAGGAAGAAAACAGGCUGAAUCUCUCUCUGUUGGUUCUUCUUUGAAACGGUACGAAACAAAACAAAACAAAACAAAAAAAAAAUUUUCCGUUGACACGUUACUGUUUCCACUCGCAGCUCGUUGGUGUUUUUGUGCGUUCCACCUGAUAGAUUUGUUACUGUUGCAUGAGUGUAUUUAUUAGUCCUCCUUCUGCCACUUGAGGUGCAGUUAAAUGCUGGACCACAUAGUCAGCACUCAGCAGUUAAUGUUUUUGUAUCUGUAUCUUGUGUAUUUGUAUCAGUUUGUAAAAAACAAAAACAAAACACGUUUCUACCCAAUCCCUAUAUUGUUUACUGUGUCUUCUUGUUAAUAUCUUGUAAAUGAUUUGUGGUCCUCUUUAUUCUUUCAAUAUGCAUUUCGCAUUGUGUCACACACUGAUGAAAUGAGCUGAAAAAACAUGGAGGAAAGGAAGGCUCACAGUGGCAUCAAAGCACAACAUCUUGCAUCAGUCUUACAUUAUGGAAUAUUCUUUAAUAUUCAUCCAACAAGACAGCAAGGAAAAGAAAUCCAUCUUUCAUGGAUUGAGUUCAUGAAAAAUCGAAUACUUAUCAAUAUUCAUGAAUGUGAAGAAUCCAAAAUGCUCACAGCUGUACAUUUUUAUUGAUAAGAGCAAAAAUAAUUAGGACAGAGUUGGGAUUUUAAAAUAUCAUUUUUAAAAAUUUAAUGGCCAAGACAAACAUCAGAAUCAACGCCAGCUGGCAGACUACAAAAUACAACAAUUAUCAAUAAAUUAUAAAAAAGAAAAAGCAUUCAGCAACAGAAAUCUAAUUCCUGACAUAUAGAUGAUUAAACAUCUCUGAGGAACACCAGUGUCUUGAAGUAAUUCUUUUAGUCGACUCCAGCCUGAGGAAGUACCUCGUUACAUAGAAGCUUUCUUAUGCAGGUCAGUCUAACUGUGGACUUUAAUGAGAAAACGUCCUUGGAAGCAAAUCAAAAGCUAUCUUUUGGUAUGACAUUCAAAAAUACGGAAUAUAGAGAUUACGGCUGGUUGUUUUAUUAAUAUUUAAAGUGUCCCUUUGAGAAUGUUGUAUUAUAAAAUCACAUUAUUGUUUUACUACUGCUGGUUUCAUGUGUAAGUUGCAGCUGGUCGAGGUCCUGCUAAUUUUAACGACUGUUUGUGCUAUUUUUUUUAAAAAUGAUCACGUGUUUUGUAUGUAAAUUUGUAAUCUGAAUAAAAGAGUGGAGUAAAAAACA